AUGGAAUAUUACAAAGAUUUAGUUCCAGAAUUGAACAAUUGUGAAGCAAGUAUUGAAUUUAAUAAAUGUGUAAACCAAGUUGUAGAUGCUAUGAACUCACAAAUUCCAAAAGAUGCUUUUAGAUCUGAUCCUAAAUCAAUUCAUUACGAAGUAUGUCAAUAGCUUAUUGAUUUAUGAAAUACAUAGUGUAACUGAACUAUUUGACAUUUUUAUAUGUAAAACUCCAUUGUAAGAAUAUCUAAUAGUUCUGUUACACUCUGUAUACUUGUUUUACUUAAAUUGAUAUUUGUAUAAUGUAGUUUUAAUUUCUCAAAUUAUAAUGGAACAUCUACUUAACAACACUCUGUAUACAAAAAAAUUAUUUAAAGAACCAUCAAGUUUGCUAAAUAGAGGUUCCAUAGUAUGUAGUUUUAUUGUACAGAUUAUUAUACAUAUUAGUUAUUAAUAUAUAAUAUAUACUUAUUAAUACUUCAGGUUCUUUCUGAUUUCUUGAUUUAUCUUGAUGAAUUAGGUAAUAUAAAUGCAACAUCUCAAACAAAAUUAACUAUAUUAGGUCUCUGUACUGCAAUAAGAAAAACACUUGAAUUAGUAAAAUAUCUGAGUGAUAAUGUUCAAUUUAAAUAUUUAUUAAUAAUUUGCGUAAACCAAGACGCUCUAGAAGUAAAAACAGGAUAAAUUUAAUAAAAUAAUACAAAUCAUGAUACAAAUAUAAAAUAUUAUUAAUUAGUUAACUGGUAAACCUAAUAUAAAUAUGUUAUUUAUUUUUUCAGUAUUUUUUGGUAGUGUGCGAUAUGCUUGUGGAUCAAGUUGUGUGCAUGACUCAAUUUUAUUCAUACAGAUUUUUAAUGAGUGAUAAGAAAUAAGUAAUAAGUAAUGGAAAUUAUAAUAUGAAAAUUGAAUUGGAAAAAAAAAUUAUGACAUACUUAAUGUUAGUGAAAUAGCAGUCAAUAACUUAAUAAUAACUGAUUAUGCGUCAUGACAAAACUGCUAUUCAAAUCAAUGAAAAUGCUCCAACAAUAUUAAGUGGUUAUGUUGCAAGAAAGAUGCGAAAAGUAAAACCUGCCCAAAUGUUGUCAAGAAUGUUACAUCAUGUAUGCACCAGAUGGCCAUGAAAUAUAAAACAAAUAAAAAUACUUGCACUGAAAACUCGUGGUUAUUUGCUUGUGCCAUCUAAAAAGCUUUAUGAAAUUAUUUAUCAAGUAAUAUAUUUACAUAUUACUUAUUAAGAAUAACAUAAUUUCCUAACUACUAUACAUUUCAAAAUUAUAGGAGAAACUUGAUACAUCACACAAUACGAAAAAUGUAUACCCCACCUAAUGGGAUUUUAUUGAUUGAGAAAAUGACAAGCUUUUGUGGAACGUAAUUGUUCGUCAAUUGAUACAUUUUUUCUUAAGGUAUGGAUGAAAAUUGUUUUUUCAAAGUCUCCAUAAUUGGCCUAAUUUUGUAUAGUCUGUUAUGGCCAUAGUGGUCUUUAUUAAAUAUAUUAUUAUUAUGAAAGUGUAUAAAUCAAAGAAUUUGUUCAAAUUGGUUAAUACUUAUUGGUUUUUGGACAAUUUGAUUACCUAAAUUUGGAGACCAGUAUUUACGUAUAUUAGAAAUAUUGACUAAACCCAUUCAACUCCUAAAUAUUUUUUCACAUCAUUUGAAUUUAUUUUAAAAUUUGUAUCUGGAUCUACUUGUACGCUAUAAAUCUUUGUUUCAUAUACAAUAUGCUCAAUUAAAUCUACUUGGAAAAAGUAACUAACAAUUUGAUACGGAGUACUUGAGUUAAAAUUUCAUUGAAAAAUUUGAAGUUUCCAAAAAAUGUUUAAUUAAGUUUAUGAAUUUUUUCGCGUUUCCAGCAAAUAUAUAAUUUUUCUUUUUUUUUUUUUAAAUUUUAGGUAGAGAUUUUAAAGGUGGUGUAGUUGUAUCAAUCUUAUUCUUUUUUCUUAAACUCCUAAUUUUGAGAUCUGGAGUCAUGUUAGUAUUGGUAGUUAAACAGAAUUUGGCUGUAGUAAAGCUACUAUUGAUGGGUCAUUAGGUUGAGUUUCAAUUGAAAAAUGUCUUAGAUGUGAAGAAAAUGCAUAUACAUUAACUAAAACUAUUACAUCAUUUUAUUCAUUAUUCAGGAUGUAUUUCACAUGUGACACAGAAAAUGCAGCAAGAGAAUAAAAAAAAAAAACAAACAAAUUUAGCAAGACAAUUUAAAUUAUAAUACAAUAUUUUUAAAAUAAUGUAUCAAAGCUGAAUACUUUUAAAUUAAAACCAUUUUACUAUAUACCUACUUAAUUGACUAAUGAAUUUAAACAAUAGAACUUGGUAACAAGUAACUAGUACUGAGUCUUAACACAAAAAAAAAAUUAUUUAAUAAAACUUAAAACAACAAAAAUUGAUAUAAAUUAUUAUUUUAUAUUAAAACCAUGCAUUCAGACAAACACUAAAAUCGGUCUUCAGGCAGAUUGUGGCAGUGGUAGGGAUGGCAACUAUAUAUAUGUUUGAUAGAUCAAUAUUUUUAUAUUGUCAUUUAUCUUCGAUAUUUAUCGGAUAUCGAUAUAAACUUUCAAUAUUAUCGAAAUAUUGUAGUUGCCAGUUGGUAAAUAAAACAAAAUUCUUAAAUGAUGUUUCUUUUAUCAUAUUAUUAUUAACUGUUAUUUGAAGACAAAUAUGGACUUACUGAUUAGUGAUUAUAGAAUAAAGAUAAGAUAAGAUACUGAUAAGAUCCAUAAUUUUCGUAUUACCAAAAAAAACUAAGUAUCGUGUAUACUUGACAUUGUAUUAAAAAUGUGUACAAGUGAAGUUAUCUUAUCCUAUUUACAGAUCGUGGUUCCACCUUAGAUCAUAUAUAAUGAAUGCUAUUAGCGAUUGAAAGCGAAAGAGUCGUUAUCUAGUGGAAUUUAUUAGAACUGCUCUAAUGGGGAAUAUGUACGUUUAAUUACAUUAUAUUGAGACAUUGAGUACUGAGUACUGACUUCUAAAUUUCUUUGUAAUAAUCUCAUUUCGUUGUAAUAAUUAUAAAUAUAGCUUUAUUUGUUGAUAUUAUGGAUGACCAUAAUUAUUAUUUUAGCUAAAUAAUUAAUAAAAAUGCAUACAUUAAAUAUAAACUUGUAUUGAACUUUAAUAAUACAUAAUAUACAAUAGGUAUAGUGUUUAAAAUGUACCUAUCUACUUCGCGAGGUUUACCAUGAAGGUGUCUGGUUUGCAAACAUAGUCUUAAAAUCUUAAUAAAUACAUAAUUUUAGAUUCUAAGUGAAGCGAAGAAUCUUAUGAUUUUGCAAAGAUGUUUAUUUUUUUAUUUAUUUCUCUGGAGAUAUUACAAUGGGUAUAUCUUAGUGGGACUCCACCUGUAUAAGAGCUUAUUUUCACGUGAUUGUGUUUAUUACAACAAAUUUGAAUGAUCUACUUCUAUUUUUUUAAGACUAUUUUUGGAGAAAAAAAAACCUGUCAUUCCCCAUGAGAGUGUAUUAUUAAAAUCUAUGGCAGACCACUUGUUUGAUUCUAUUGGAAAUUAAAUUCCUUAUUCCAAUAAAUUGUGGCUUCAAUUGAGUGAAAAUCUUGAUAGGAAAGUUUCUCCUUAUACUUUGUACAAUAAUGUAUCUCAAAACUGUCAUUCCUGGAAAAACAAUUUAAAAUUUUUUAUAUCUAGACCUUCAAUUGAUAAUGCUUCUCGAAUACAAUCGGAAACCAAACAAAAUUCAAACAGUGAAACAGAUGGUGAGACUGAUACAUCAGAGGGUACCAAUAUUUAUAAAUUCUACUUUACAGAGAUUAUAUAAAAAUGAAUUCAAUAUUAGUGAAAUACAGAAAAAAGGAAAAUUUUCAAAUUGUAUUGUAUAUUAAAACAAGGUGUAUGGAUUAAUGUUGUAAAGCUCCUUGUAAUAUUAUAUAUUAACGUUGUCGAAUAGCAAAUGAUACCUCGAGAUCCAAAAAUUAUAUUACAUUUUCUGGAAAGUGUAAAGAUCGUGGUGCAGAUGCUAUAGGAUUGGUUGAUAAGAAACCAGAUGAAGCUAUGCUGUUGGUCACAAAUAUUUGUUUGACUGGUGUCGAUCUUAAAUGUAAGUAUUUGUCUAAACGACCAUUAAAUGCACAAAAAAGAACUAAAGUAGGCCAGAAGUUAUACAUGACUGCGCCAGUAAUUGGGUUAGAGACAAAGUGGCUCCUCUACAGUUUGUAG